UUCCAUUUAUUACAUAGGAACACAUCACCACAGUGCUGUGGUUCAUACUUUUGAAGUAUUAAGCUCCUGAGAAGAGUAAAAGAGUGCCCCCCUAAGGUUGAAAAGACAACUGGAGGUUAACUAUAAUGGGUCCCUGGAUGUUUGAUGGUCUAUUGAUCUCUGUGCCACCACUGUGAUUGCCUCUUCGCUGCCACCAACCCCUUUCUCACGGAUGAAACAGAAAGCUGUGCUGAAUUGGAGAUGCCUGGGUUGGACUGCUGCACAUUGUGAAGAGAGGAGGGAAAGAGCUGCAUGAGCAAAAGCAGGUGAAGAAUUGGUGGACACAUUAAGGCCAUGGCAGAUGCAAUUGCUUUGUCUUCCCACACUGCUACAAUCAAUACAAUUUAUGCACAACUGGAGAACUGGGCAAAGCAGCAAUAUUUCUUGGAAACAAUUAUCAUUUUAUCUAUUCCAACUUGCAUCUGGGGAUUAAUUGGGAAUGGAGUUGACUUCUGGCUUCUUUGCUUCAGGAUCAAGAGGACUAGGUUCUCAGUUUAUAUUCUCAAUUUGACAGCUGCUGAUCUUAUUGUAAACAUCUACUACAUUAUGGUUUUUAUCAUAUUUUUGGCACAAAUUUAUGUCAAUCUCUACUUUUCAUGUGUAAUGGAGAUUAUAUAUUUAUUUGGAUACAAUACCAGCAUCUACUUGGUAACAGCUCUCACUGCUGAAAGGUACCUCACUGUCUUCUUCCCAGUCUGGUAUCAACGUCACAGGCUAAAGUACCUCUCCAUCAUUGUGUGUGCCGUGUUGUGGCCCUUUUCCUGCCUGGUGUCACUGGUGGCCUAUAUUUCCUGCUAUCCAAGGUUCCUUUCAUUUCACAACGAAGAGAGAGCAGAUUGUACAGCUGCAACUAUAUUUGAAAUUACAGUAACUCUUCUGGUUUUCCAACCCAUCAUGCUUUUUUCUACCGUAGCUCUUUGUGUCAAAAUGCAAAGAGAAGCCAAGCAAAGCGCUCCAGCAAGACUUGAUAUCACCAUCACCAUCUUAGCUGUUGUAUUUCUUAUCUUUUCUUUUUCAAUUAGAACUGUUGAUGCCAUCGCAUAUUGGUACCAAACACUAGAUUCACCAGUCCCAUUUCUACUUUCUCUGUUGUUUGAUUCCAUCAAGAGCAGCAUCAACCCUUUCAUAUAUCUUGCUGUUGGAUGUUGGAAGAGAGUGAAGCCCAUCCAUAUGUUUCUUGAGAGAGCUUUGAGUGGCAAAGCAGAGAGAACUCAAGUAGACCAAGAGGAGACUGAGAAGCAUCCAGAGCCUCAAAUGUGAACUGAAAAGGCUUCUAAGUCAAAGAAUAUAGACUGGCUUUUCUGGUUCCUGAAUAAAUAUAUUAUGACUUGUUUA